UAUGGAUUAAGAUUAAAGAGGCCUUUCACCAUAAUCUUCAAAAUCAUCAUCACAUUAGAAUCAAGUAUCAAGGUCUAAAGAAUUUCAAUUAGAUUUCUUUAUUUAAAAGAAGUUUACUUCUGAUGAUUUCAAAUCAAUUUUAGAGGAAACAUAAGUAAAUUAUCAAUUCUAAAUAAGCAAAAAUAUUCAAUUAAAUCUAUCUAUGUCAGUCAGAAAAAUGAAAUACCAGAAUUAGAAGGUUUAGCUUUUACAAUUGAUGAUCCUGUAGAAAAUAAAAUGAAUGCAAAAUGUGAUGCUGUUCUCCAUAUACUUCAAUCUUUUUAAGAGAAAUGCAAAUAAUAAAUAAAUAUUAUUCUCUUAAUACCAGAAGGUAUUUAUAUUGUAAUUCUAGGAAUUGUAUCCUUUUUAAUUGGCUCCAAAGGAUCAUAGCUUGCUAAAAUAAUUGAAGAAACUAAUGCCAAAAUUACUGUCAAUCAACCUAUAGCUAAUUACUCUCCUAGAACUGUUAAAAUUGUAGGUGAUUUAAGCACAAUCAAUUGUGCUAUUAGGGCUAUUACAAAAAAAAUGUAGGAGAGAGGCAUAUCAUAAGAAGAUUAUAAAAAGGUUCCUGAAGCUUUGAAUCCAUAAAAAGUUAAUUCUAAAGUAAGAAUCAAUAUAAUAAUAUAUAGGCAAAACUCAUUUUUCAAUCUUCAGCUGUUGAUUAUAUUAUGAAAAACAAAAAUGAAGUUGAAAAUAAAUAUCAUGUCUAAAUCAAAGCAAAAGAUAGUAAUGAUAUUAAACUUACUGUAACAUUAUUUUUAUUAUUAUCUUUCUAUAGCAAAAAUGCAAACUUAAAAGAGAUGAUAAAAUAGUUUAAUUGCAAGGUUCUUUAUCCAAUGUUUAAGAUGCUUUGUCAUCAUUAAUUAGAAGAGUCGCAGAACAUUAAAAAAAAUAAGAAUUAGAAAUCAAAAUUGUUAUGCCAGCUAGUUAUGCUUCUAAAUUAAUAGGAGCAAGUAUAUUUAUAUAUAUCAAUAUUUUUAGAGGGUUGUUAAAUUAGAGAUUUGGCUACAAAAUCAAAAGGAGCUUAAAUUAAAGUCUUAUCUGAUAAGGAUGAAACUGAUCAUGAUUAUAGUAUAUAAUUCCUUUAAAUAUUAUAGAUUGUAUUGUUCAAAUAGCAGGAAAUUUAUAAAAUAAAUAAGAUGCUAGUAAAUUAAUACUUUAACAAAUUGAAUGUUUUAAGAAUGGAGGACCUGUAUUAUAUUUGUAUUAUUUAAAUAAUAGAUAAUGGACAGUGGCAAAUUUUUAAAUGAUGAAAAUUAAAUAUCUCAAUUAUCUAAUAAUUAUGAUGAUUUUAAUAAAAUUAAGAGGUUUACAAUUUCACAAAACUUUUUAGAUAAAAAUCCAGUUCAAUAUCAGAAAGGAAUUCACGUUCAAGAUCAUAAUCUAGAAGAAAGCACAAACAUCAAAGAAAAAGAUCUAUAGAAAAAAGAUCUGUAUCAUCCAGGUAAUUCAAAUUAAAUUAACCUUACUUAUUAGUUACUCUAAAAGAAGAGAAAGAACUAAUGUCUUAUCUACAAAAAUGAUUAUUUCUAAUGAAGUGAUGCAUAUUUUAGAAAGAUAUGAUAAAUUAAGAGAAUAUAAAGAGAGAUUUAAUGUAGACACAUAAGCUGAAGACUCGGUACUAAUCAAAUCUAAAAAUUAGAGAAGAAAUUCUGAAUCUUACUUGAGAUUAAAAGGCAAAUUAAAAGAUUGUUUAAUUGUAAUUGAAGAAAUUUUGAAUGAGCAACAAAAAAUCCUAAGAAAAUGA